AACGCGGUGCAAGCAAUUGAUUCUUUCCUCAAUACCAUAACCUCCUCGCGAUGGAGGGCGCUGGUUCAAACGCGUUGAACAGGUCGAUGCAAGGUCUCUGGUCAAAGCGCGGAAGAGUAAAUUUGAAUGUUACGCCUCCUCCGACAGUAACGCCCGCGCCGACAUCGACAUCGACACCCAAGAAUGAAGAACCUAUUGCUGCUUCCAACUCGAAUAACACAUUAACACCAUCAGGACUGGUGGUCACAGAGGAAACAGCUAUAAUCUCAACGGUACCGCUAGAUCCUCCUGUGACGCCUUCAAUCGAAUCAAGACAAGCGUCUACACAGGCAGUAAAUGGAAAAAGAAAAAGUCGCAGAACGGUUGAAGAAAAGGAAGCCAGUAGUAGCAAAAGACAAAAAACCUCCACCGGGAUUGUGACUUCGAAAGAUUACUCACCACCUUCGGCUCGACUUUCAGAUCUCGGUGGAGUGGACGAAUGUAUCUCAAAACUUCUGGAAGUUGUAGCUAUGCCUCUGUGCCAUCCAGAAAUCUACUUGCGUCUUGGGGUACAACCACCGCGAGGCGUACUACUACAUGGACCUCCAGGUUGCGGGAAAACUCUCCUUGCGAAUGCAAUCGCCGGGGAACUAGGGAUACCAUUCAUAAACAUCUCAGCUCCGUCCAUUGUAUCUGGAAUGUCGGGUGAAUCAGAGAAAACUCUAAGAGAGGCGUUUGAAGAAGCAAAGAGGGUUGCGCCAUGUCUUUUUUUCAUAGAUGAGAUAGACGCUAUCACACCAAAGCGCGAAAGUGCUCAAAGGGAAAUGGAGAGACGAAUAGUUGCUCAAUUCCUUACGUGCAUGGACGACUUAUCAUUAGAAAAGACCGAUAAUAAACCAGUCAUUGUAAUGGGUGCGACGAAUAGACCGGAUGCCCUCGAUGCUGCAUUGCGGCGAGCUGGGCGGUUCGACCACGAAAUAAGUAUGGGUGUUCCCGAUGAUGAAGCCCGAGAAAAAAUUCUUCGCGUUUUAUGCUCAAAGCUACGGUUGGAGGGGAACUUCAACUUUGCAGCUCUCGCAAAAGCUACGCCUGGCUACGUCGGUGCAGAUUUAUCCGCGUUAACAGCCGCAGCUGGUAUCAUUGCUGUCAAGCGGAUCUUUGAGCAGCUGUCGGAUAACACACUAGAAGCGGCACCCUCUUGUGUGGAUGGUGGAAGUGACAUAAAUAUGCGAGUCGAUGAGCCGCCAGUGCAGUCUUCAUCGCCCUCAAAAUCCUUGGUUUUCUCCGCUCCGCUUUCCUUCCCCUCCCCUCCAGGCUCAAUAGCCAACUUUCUCAACGCACAUCCCAACACCCUCACUGAAGACCAACUCAAACCGUUAUAUAUCACGUAUUCCGAUUUUACCCUCGCCUUAAAGCAAGUCCAGCCUUCCUCGAAACGAGAAGGGUUUGCUACGGUUCCAGAUGUGACGUGGUCAGAUGUCGGAGCGCUUCAUGGUAUCAGAAGCGAGUUACAUAUGGCCAUAGUGCAACCAAUCAGGAGACCGGAACUCUUCAGCGCUGUUGGCAUCGAGGCUGCUUGUGGUGUGUUAUUGUGGGGACCUCCGGGCUGUGGAAAGACCUUGUUGGCAAAAGCGGUGGCGAAUGAAUCUAGGGCUAAUUUUAUAAGCGUGAAAGGGCCGGAGCUGUUGAACAAGGUGUGUGGUUGAAUGAUCUACUUUUCUACCGGAUCCGAUCUCCCCGUCCUGCAUAGUACGUGGGUGAAAGUGAGAGAGCGAUUAGACAAGUUUUCACCAGAGCGAGAGCAUCUUCACCCUGUGUAGUAUUUUUCGAUGAACUUGACGCGUUAGUUCCGCGUCGAGAUGACUCUCUGUCGGAAUCGUCUGCGAGAGUUGUCAACACCCUACUGACCGAGUUAGAUGGUUUGGACGCCCGCAAGAGCGUAUACGUUAUCGCAGCAACCAAUAGACCCGACAUGAUCGACCCCGCGAUGGUUCGCCCUGGUAGGCUGGAUAAACUCCUAUACGUUGAUUUACCUUCGGCGGAGGAAAGAGGGGAAAUUGUACGCACAAUGACUCGGAAAGUCCCUCUCGGUGUUAAUGAAGGUGAACGGAAGGAAGAGGAAGCGAGGAAAAAUGUUGAGAGCUUCGUGCGAGAACGGUGUGAUGGGUACACUGGCGCUGAUUUGGCGGCGUUGGUGAGGGAAGCUGGUGUUACCGCGUUGAAGAGAACAUUGGGAAUGUUUGAGAAAAUGGAAGAGGAUAACAUGGCCGCCGAUGGAUCACCGGUGCAACGUCCGACUGUGGUUGUUCUACCUCAGGAUUUCAUGCUGGCGCUGGACAAAGUGACACCGAGUGUCGGCUCUGUGCAGAGGAAAAAAUACGAAGCUCUCCGUUCGAAGCUAUCGGGACUUCCUGUUCGUAUAGGAAAGGAAGAGGAUAGGAAAGUUGACGAAAAAGCAACACUAUAGAUUCAUUAUAGUAAAAUAUAUA